AUGACGCGCGGCCGCGGCUGGGCUAUGCGGCGGGCGGCGGCGGGGGCGGGCGGAGCGCGGGCGGCGGGGCCAACGGGGGGCGCCUCUCGCCUGCACCCCAAUGCGGGACGUAGGAGCGGUGCGCGGGCCGGGGCGCAGGGGCGCGGCGGGCCCAGGGCAGGCUCGGCGGGCUCGCGGGGCCUCCCCGCGCAGCCCCCGGUCUGUGCCCGCGGCCGGAGCCAGCGGGUCGUCGGUGACCCGAAGGCCGCGAGCGCGUUGCCGGACUUGGUCCCUGACGUCUUCGUCCUGCGGGUGCGGCUGGAGGAGACUGGGGAGAUGUUCCGAGUGGCAAACUGCCGCGGCGACAUGACCGUGCGGGAGCUCAAAGAGGAGCUGGACCUGAUGGUCGGCAUCCCCUUCAACCUCCAGCGGCUCCAGUACCUCGACGAAGGAGUUUUGAUGGAUGACGCUACCCUGAAGUUCCAUGAUGUUGUUCCUGGAGGGAUUAUUUCAUUAUGUAUCUGGCAUCAUGACGGAUGGACAGAACUUGUUUUGGCGGCUGUGGAAGGGGAUCCCAGCAAGCUAUCUUGUCUCGGGCUUACUGAAGAUUCCUCCUACCGAACUGCAAAUUCAGAACAUUUUGAGAGUGAGAAGUGGAAGCAGUGGAUGUCUCAGAGGGCGUUUGUGGCGUUGUAUGUGGCUUCACACAGAGGCCACUUUGAUGCUGUGCAGUACCUUCUAGAACACGGAGCCAGCUGCCUCAGCAGAUCUCCCCUGGGCAGGACACCCCUGCAUGUGGCUGCAGCCAUGGGCCAGUCAGACUGUAUAAGCCUCCUGCUCCAGCACGGGGCCUCCAUCCACGACAGAGAUGCCAAGGGGGAGACCCCCAUCUCCAUUGCGCACCGCCUGAACCACACACUGAGCGAGCGGCAGAUGUUCCUCCUCCACCGGAUAGCAAAGUCGGGGAUAAGGGAUCUGAAUGACUUGGUCAUGAAGAAUACUUUGCAGAGGGUCAAGUCUGGGUUUAGGUCUGAGAAGAUGAUGAUGACCCCUCAUUAGCUCCCAGUGGGAACGUUUGCCUGCUGAAGCUGGUUUGGGCAACUUUGCAGAGUUCAAUCCCAUGGAGGCCCUUGGUGAGCAGGGAGGCGGGAAAACAGGGCAAUUAACCUGAAUCAGAUACGAAAUUAUCUGUCUUGUUUGCAAAUGAUUUCUGGAGGGUGUUGAUGGUAGAAGGUAAGCCUGUGCUCAUUUAGUAAUCCAUUACAGACUGAACAGGCUCUGAUGCCAGCCUUUAAUUUUAAGCUAUUUGUACAUUGUACCCAAUAGCACUGCUUAGGGUGAUGGGAGCCAAUUACCUUCUCUCCCUUCUGGGGACCGUCUAAUGCACUGGCAUAAUAGGAGUAAUGACAAUAAUGAUAAUAGCACUAUUGUUAUUGUAUAAAACAAGUGCCAGGAAAUGUCAGGAGGUCGUGUGUAGUGUGGGCUGUGAAUUUCAGUCUGUAAAGCCAUGGAACUAAAUGCUCCCACAGCUAAUAUUCCAGGUUUCCUGAGCCAUCUUUGAGGGGUCUGCAUCUUGAGUCAGGGGCAGAAGGGAAGCUGGGUGAGCUUGGCUCUCCACACACACUCUCCAGAAGGGAUGCCUUAUUACUCUUGUUGAAGGGGAACACGUUGGUGCUAGAUGGGGAGGAAACAGUAUAAAAGAAGAUGAGAAUCAGGCUGGCCACAUCUUCUCUUUUGUUCCAUCUCCAGUGGUCCAUGCAGUCUCCUCUUGCCAGCGUUCUCCUUUUCCUGCCAGCACUGGGAUAGCCCUUCCUUCUUUCCUUUGAGCAAACCACCUUGGAGUGUCUAUGCUCAACUCUCAGGUCUUUGCAUUACAAAACCUUAUACCACAUUGCAGGAUGUGCCUGGUGUUCCUACAGGGUCCCAGCCUGCGGAGUGCAUGAGUGAGCUGGGCGUGGGAAAUAAGAAGGAAAGACAAGGAUGGGGCCAGCUGUCUGAAGAGGGCACUGAGACUCGACUCCUGCAGAAAUGAAAGGCAGAGGCCGCUAGAUCUUUCUAGAGCUCUCCAGACCUGGAAAUUUGGCUUUUUGAAAGGAUCUCCUUUGAUUUUUUUUUUUUUUUUUUUUUUUUUUUUUUUUUUUGAGACAGAUUCUUGCUCUAUUGCCCAGGCUGGAGUGCAGUGGCACCAUCUCGGCUCACUGCAACCUCUGCCUCCUGGGUUCAAGCGAUUCUCCUGCCUCAGCCUCUUGAGUAGCUAAGAUUACAGGUACCUGCCACCAUGCCUGGCUAAUUUUUGUAUUUUUAGUAGAGAUGGGGUUUCACCACAUUGGCCAGGUUGGUCUUGAACUCCUGACCUCAUGAUCUGCCCACCUCGGCCUCCCAAAGUGCUGGAUUUACAGGCGUAAACCACCAUACCCAGCCAGAUCUCUCUUGAUUUUUAAAACUUGACUUGAAUUUUUGAAGAACGUGGUCUGCUACAAAAGGAGUGAGAAGAUGUGGGGCACACCCAUGUGACUGCCUCUCAUUGUCAAACUCUAAUUCAUUUCAUGGAGAAACGUGAUAGAAACAACCAAAGUCUCUCUGGAACAAUCCAAGACUCUGAUGCCACAGUGAGGGAGUAGCCACGGGUCUUGCUGGGUGGCAUGUGGGGUCCACUCUCCCACCUCCCACAGACCAUUUAUGUUUCUCUAAAGCUCUACCUUCUAAGCAACUUUUGGAAUCAAAAUGUGUGGCAAUGGUCUUGUGACCAUUGCAGUUUUCCUGGGAAUGGGAAAUGGCACUGUAUCCUGGCCGCCCUUUCCCACUUCCAUCCCAAGAAAUGGAGUCAGCUUUUAAAUUAAAUGGCUGCAUUUCCUGCUGUCAUAGCAAGUAAGACCUGUGUUGAUGAUGUGGUUUUACACUCAGUGUACGUGGCUGUACCCAGCUCAGCACUCUGUUAGACAAAUAAUAGUCGAGGAAAAAAAUAGCUCAGCAUCAACUAUGUCAAAACUGAGAUCUUGUUUUUGGCAGAGGUUCUGCAAAGUCAAUAGGCAGAUAUUAAGCAACCCCAACCCAAUGGGGCAAUCCAUUUAGCUAAUGAGGUGUUGGGGGGUGAUGCGGGCACUCUUUUAACUUAACAAGUGGCAUUACUCAAAGUCGUGCUUUUGCCAGGAGCUCUGCCCAGCUGCCUUCAUUGUUUGGAGAGCCAACUGCUUGACUUCUAUAUGUAAAAUUCUGGGGGCAAGCACUCUAUCCUCAUCUACCCCCAAUUCAAUUAAGCACUUGGCCAGACAAUGGGCAGAUCCCAAACUCUUCAUGGUGACAUUUUGCUUAGUCUGUGGUAGGGUCAUCUGAACACUCGUAGGUCCUGGGGAGCGCUUCAUUUUAGACAAUCCUAACAUCCUAUUUAUAUUCAACAAGUCUGUAUCACUUACGAAAUAAAAUAUAUCCAGAGCCAUAGAAGGA